GGAACCAGCGCACCCAGACUCCUUCUUCUUCCUGAAAGUCCCUGCGUAUACUAAAGUAACAUCGAUGAAAUACAUCUUUAAAAUCAGCGUUUUCUCUGUCAAUGUCUGGUUCGUAAUUAACUCAGUUUUAUAUAUAUAUAUAUUGACAGGAAAAUGAAUUAGUUCUAGUGACUUGAUAACUAACGAAGAGUCGGAUCGUUUAAAAAGGAAAUGUCUGCUUUGCUACUGAUCUUCCUUGUCCGCGACCUCGUGUUUGUUUCUGCUGGACAGACAAACAUCACAGCUGAACCUGGACAUGACGUAAAUCUGCCAUGUAGAGCUGGACAUGAUGGAGACAUCGAUGCUGUGGAGUGGACCAGACCUGAUCUGGAGCCAGAAUAUGUUCUUUUCUACAGAGGUGGGCGUCUUGAUCCAGACCACCAGAAUCCAUCUUUCCAGAACCGGGUGGAUCUUCAGGACAGACAGAUGAAGGAUGGAGACGUGUUUCUGAUUCUGAAGAAGGUGACGACUGAUGAUACAGGAACAUAUGAAUGUAAAGUCUUCCAGAGAGGAACAAACAGCAUGAUUGCAGAGUCCAAGUCCAUCAUCCAUCUGGAAGUUCCUCCUCCAGGUACAACACAGGAUGGAAGGAACCAGGAUGGAGGAGACAAGGAUGGAGGAGACAAGGAUGGAGGACAUCUUGGACUGGUUGUGGGUCUUCCAGCUGCUGGAAUCAUUGUGAUCAUUGGGAUCAUGGUUCUUGGUUUCUGCAUCUAUAAAAGACUCCAGAAGAAGAACUCGGCUCCAUCAAGCAGCAGCUUCACCAGCAGAGAUGAAGGAGGAAAUGAAAGUGAGGCCAACAUUUUAUGUGUGGAAGCACCAACAGAUCAGGAGAAACACCAAAACUCUUUACUGGUUUCAGCUGCGAUUUCCAGCCGAGACUGAAGAGAAAAUGACUGAUUUAGUAAAAAGUGCAGCUUCUGAAAACAGAAGAAAAAGUUUCAAAUGUAACCUGCUGCAUUUCAGACCCGAGUAGCAGGAGAACCGAGACUUUUCACCAAAGAGAACAUUUCUAAAUAUAUUUCACUAACAUGAAUUUCAUUUCAGAAGCACCGUCCCAGUAUGGAUCCACAGAUGCUGCAGACUCUUUAAAUCCCAGUUUGUGGAUCACAGACUGGCUUUUAAAGAACACUCCAGUCCACGUGGCUGGAAACAUGGUGGUUUCUGAUCUGGAUCAGGGUCCCAGUGAGGUUACUUCAGGGUCCGCUCAGACUUUUCAGAACCACGAGGCUGGUUCACGACUUCCAAACCCGUCAUAAAACCCAUUAACUGAGAAACUACAAGCUUUUCUGAAAAAGGCAGAUGGACGUAGACGUUGAUGAUAAUUUACUGACGGGUUUGAGUCACGUUUCAGUUUUUUCUGAUGUUUUCAUCCUGGUAGAAAUGAUGGAUUCUGAUUGGUCAGCGGCUGCGAGCUGUUUGACAUGAAUGUGGCCGGUCAGAACGUCUGGAGGACUGAUGAGCGUCGUGGUGCUGCUCAGCAGGGACGUCACACUUACUGAAUUUCACCAUCAGUUUUAAAGGCUGGAUGAAUUAAUCCUAAACAUCCUGAACAUCCUGACUUUCCAUGUGGGAUCAUGUGAUCAGAUCAGGAAGGAAAACAACACGCGUGUGUUAGCGUUGUGUGUGUUUUCCUUCCGUGUUUCAUGGGAAAGUCCAGCAGAGGAAGAGUUUUUCCCUCCAGACUAACAGAUGAAAUCAUCCUGGUGGAUUUCUUAGCUUCUAGAAAAUAUGGGGCAGGACGUCUCACCAGCCUGGAAAGCAGGACAUAAACCAGGAAAUCAUCAUCAUGAUGAAGAACAGCAGCUUUGUAGCACAAAGUAAAGCUUCAAUGAUGCUGAUGUUUAACACUGAAAUGAAAUGUUAUCAUUCGUUAGCAACUAGCAAUGCUGCACGACUCCAGUCAGACUUACAGGGUUGGUUAACUCACUGAAAACUACAUCGUAUGGAUCAGAAAAAGUUGGAUCGUUGUUCAGAUUUCUGACUCAGUGUGAGGUUGAUGCUGUUUUCUCAUCAGUGAGCAAAGGUCUGUAGAAGAAAGCAUAUUUAUUCCCACUGUUCCAGUAUCAUUUAUGUCUCCAACAGCAGAUAUUCUACUGAACAACGUUUUAGGUUAAAAGCUGUCAAAUGGUUUAAAAUAAAUGUUCAGAAGCAUUUUAAUAAUGUAGUUCCCAGUGAGAAGCCUCCCGAGUCCAGGUAGAGGUCCUGCAGCCUUUUCCAGAGUUAAUAUGUAGGAAGUUACUUUAACAAAAAAGAAAAAACUACCUUUAACUGUGACGUCCUGCUGCUCAGUCCUACUCUGUGUAUCAGUCUUCUGUAGUGAGUGGAAACGGGUUAAAAGAAAAAGAAGAUGCAAGGUGUCUUAGUUGGGCCUAAAGACUCAUUUAUGCUCCUUUUACGUAGGUAAAUGGGUUCGUUAAUUUCAAACGUCACUGUCCUCAUGAUGAUCAUUCUCAGAAAGAAAUAUAAAAUAAGCAGUGCAGUAGAUGGAGGGGGUCUGAGAGGACAUUUACAAAAACUUGUAAAUUUCAGUGUGUAUUUUAUUUCAAGGUCAAAAUGACAUCAGGAACAAAUUCACUAUUCUUCUGGGUCAUCAGAGGACAAAAAGUCCCUUCUGAAAAAACUGUUCUGGAAACAUUACAGAAAUAUUUAAAAUAGUAAUUUAAUUUCAUGUGAUAUUUACUGCCUGAAAGUGAUGAAUGCCGUUGUUUUUACAUAUUGAUCCAUGUGGCUUAUGGUUGGUGGGGUGGGGGGUUAUGAAGGAGACGUGGAUUGUAAAUUUUCUGUAGAAAUGUCCAAACAUUUUCUCCUGUAGAUGUUUCAGUGUUUCUUUGUGUUGGUUCAUAUUUCAAAUUUAUCUCAGAGGAAAAACAGAAACUUUAUUUCAGACAUCAGUCAGCUUUUAUUUUACAUUUCUGAUCACAGUGAGUCUGUUACAUGAAUAUUUUCUCACUGAUCAAUGAAAACUGGAUUAUAGACGAUCAAUACUCUGUUAUCCCAUAAUAGUCCAGCUUAUAGCUUCUGUUGGGCCUUAAGUAUUUUAUUUGUUAAUAAAGUUUUCUUGUUUGUACAUGCAGUGACUGUUUAAUAUUGAUGUAAAUGAUGAGUAGGAAUGAU